CCCAUUAGGACCCCCAGCAUGAUCAUCUCCAGUGAGUGGUCGGAGGUCCAGCAGAAUAUCGGAACGCUCGUCAGUGACCACCAGAACAACCGACCAAUCGACGCGCAGGAUUUUCCCUACAUCAAGAAGAGCCACUGGACACCUAGUGGAGAAGUCACAAACUGCAGCAACUGUCGGAAAAAGUUUGGCUUGACAGACAGAAAACACCAUUGCUACAGGUGUGGACAUGUGUGCUGCUGGAAGUGUACCAGGUACAGGAGAAAGCUGUCAAUCUUAGCUGAGCCCGAUCCAAAUGGGCGGAGCUACCAGGUGUGUGCUUCCUGUUUUGACGAGGGUCCACAGACCAUAGGGCAGACCCAGGACCUGACUGAUCUGUUCUUCACACUGAAGGGCAGGAAGACCAGCCCCAAGUACAAGUCUAAGUCUGGCAGCAGGCUGCACAGGAAACUGGACUAUCAGAAGGAGUGCCGUCGUCUAACUGAAGGGUUCCUUGCGGCAGGAGGGACGUCAUGGCUGAAGUCUGCCUCUCUGGAGAUCAUGAAGAGUUUUUCCCUCCCAGACUGGCAGAAAGGAACUUUCUAUCUUCCCAAGGGGGCCACAGACUUCUGCCAGCUGUGUGAGCAGAAGUUUGGGUUACUGACACAGAAGCACAACUGCCGUGUGUGUGGGCGUGUCAUCUGUUCCUCCUGUUCAGCUGAGAAUCUCAUCCUGUAUGUACCGGACGAUGGGGAACAGGACUCAGACCCACACUGGGCCAUCAUCAAGGUGAAAGGCUGUCCUGAGGUGGAGCCCAACCUGUGCCUGUACCAGCGUGUGUGUGGGUCCUGUCAGGCACAGUUAGAGGACAUCCAGCUGGCCGAGGUCACACAGGCUGUGGUGGAGGAGGAACAACAGGACAUUUUCUCUAGCAUUAAACAGGUCUAUGAGAAGAUCUCAGCCACCCAGUCCAAGGUUGACUCCCAGCUACCCAAGUACCAGGAACUGAUCGAAGGUCUGGAGAUCAGUGCAGGCAGUCCUAAAUACCUUCCACAGGCCAGAAGUAACAUGCAGAUGUUAGCCAAGGCGCAGGCAGACCUGUCAGACCACCUGACGAGGCUUGUGGUGGAGGUGGCCAGCCUGAAGCGGCUCCAGCCCAGCACAGCUGCCCAGCUGAAGCUGCUGAAGGGGCUGCUGAGGGCCAAGUACGAGUUCUACCAGGAGAACAUGUUCCAGUUUAGGGACCUGAGGAGAAGGCUGGAGGCCAUGACUCCUACAGAGGUCCUGAAUGAGAUCCAGGCUAUAGUGGACCACCAGGCCAUCAACUCUGCCUACAUCAGCACCAAACAGCUGGGGCUGGAGGCUCUACUCUUAGCAGAUAAGCACCAGUUCGCCCCCAGGAUAGCCCAGGUGUUAGCGACUGUAGAAGGAGUGGUUAUGGAGGAACUACAGAUUAGUAUCCAGGAGCACAGGGAGGACUGGGACCAGCAUCAACUGCAGGUGCAGGAGUUUGUAAAGCGCUGUCUGCAGGGCUCCUCCCACCGGUUUGUCCGCCCGUCACGACGGCUCACCAAGGCACACGGAACCAAGUACGUGUCACAGUUUCUGUCAGAACGCAGCGAGAUAGUCGUGACACAGAUCCACCUGCAGCUCUGCGCCAAGUGUGUCGACAAGAAGUUCAAGAGAACCAAGGAAGCCCUACAGGCUGCACAGCUACAACUACUGGACAAUCAGGAGAAGGGUCAAAGGUCGACAACAGUUGGAACUGAAUCUACAAGAAGCUAGAUGGACAGACGGUCACCAAAGGGUCGGCUAGCUUUAUGGUUGUUUCCACAGAACUUUGUUAACUAGUGAACCGAAUGAAACUAUUCAGGUAUACGAGCCAGACAGACCAAAAUUAGUCCAUUUGUUACCUUAAGCCUGUGUGAGUUUCAAAAUUGCUUUUUGUGGUAACUGUUGCAUAUCCCUCAUGAGAACUAUACAUCAUACAUGUUGCUCACAACGAUACACUGAACUUAAUGUAGGUCACCAACAGAGGCUUUACACACCAUUAUUAAUGUGCCAUAAUUUUUAUACAAAAUGCUUUGUAAACACGUAAAGUAUUAGGACCCAAAUGUCUGAUGCCAAAGUUGACAAGUGCAAUGUAAUUAUUUUAUGUAGUUGAAGGAUAGUUUAUGACUGUCUGUUUUUAAUUCUUUAUCAACUGGACCAAAGAAAUGAAUAUAAUCUAUUUGUAUAGUAGAUAAUAGUACAGUAAUUACAAAGAAACAAGUGCUUUUAAACACUAUUAUUAGAUUUCUAUAUACUGUUGCAUUUUAUAUCUUUUUGACCAAUAUUAUAUUGAAUAUAUAGCUGCUGAUAUGAUCAUGUACCUCAUGUAACUUCGAAACAUCAUGAUUUAUCAUGUAUGAUUUGAAAUUGAAAUUUGAUACUACAACAUGUACAGAAUAUUCUAUUGUAUACGGAAAUUACUCUUGCUAUAAAAUCAUGAGAAAAGCUAUUGCUACAUUUCAUUUUCUCUACACAAAAAAGGCAAAAUUUUCAUUUAAUUUAGAGUAAGACCUCCAUACUCUGUGUCUUACUCAUUUGAUACCAGUUAUUAGAUAAUAAUCAAUUCCGCAGAAUAAAACGCAAAACAAGACAGUUUAGUUGAUAGUUUUAAUAUACAUAUACUUUGACUUAAUAUGCAAAAAUUGUGUAAAAGAAAACCCCACCAAAAUAAGAAGAAAAAUUGCAUCUGAAGUUUUAAGAUCAUCAAGAUUUUUGUAUAUUACACUUUGUACCCUCUCAAAACUGAAAGGGCCGAAUUAAAUUUUUCUGUAAAAAAUCAUAAAAUAGUCAUGGUUCCACAAAUACUUCACUUCCAAUAAGCUUAUAGGUGGCAUGAUACAUGUAGGAUAAGAAAUAUUAGGUAUUGCUUUGGAAAUGAUUACCAUUAUGUAUAAAACAUUCUUAUUUCUCAAAUGGUCUUUCUCGGCCUAAAUACAUUUAUAAAAUGUAAAAAAUACAUAUAUCAGAUACUAAAUUUCAGUAUUUACAUCAAUAGAAAAGCUAAUUUAUGUAAAAAAUGGCAAGAUACAAUUGAAUGUAUCAACAAGCGCAACAAUGCAUGCUUCUGUGGCGAGGUUUAGAAUUACCAAACUUUAGUUAUUCUAAACCUCGCUUGUUUCCAGGUCAAAGUCUUGGAAAAACUGUUUUUUCUCCUUACAUUGUUUACCUGGGAAGUAUUUCAUCUCUGUCCCUGACUUCUCUGGUUUUCUAGAAGAUCUCAACUUGGCUGGUGAUUGGUCCCUUUUCGAAUGCAACAAGGCACCUGAUUGGUCCAUUGGGUGCGGAGUUUGUAAGGCAAGCGGUGAUUGGGUGGGACUUUCAGGCACAAAGAAGGGGUCCAUUUGCUCAAUAGUGGACAUGCUAAGGUCAGUCUCUUG